AUGCGAGCCAUUCAGAUAACGCUUAGAGUAAAUAGCCACAAAUCACCUACCCGCGGUGUAAACACCGAGCGUCGUUGCAACGCACUGACCAUCAUUUUGCCUGUAAAUAUGGACUAUGAAAAUGCCAUAGAGAGAGUGUACGGAAAUGGACUAUUCUAUGCAAUCUUUACCCUCUUCUCAGCAUCAUUCAGUUUCAUUCUGGCCUAUGAAUUUCAGUCUAUUGUAUUUAUAAAUUACUCACCAAAAUUUAAUUGUUCAGAUGCACGAAUUGCCAAUGUGUCAAGUGUUACUUGGAUAUCAAGUCGUGAUUACUCCAACCUCGUCUCUAAUCGAGAUGUUGACCCACCACUGUCAAAUGCCACUGACAUUGAUCAGUGCUAUGCGGUAAUCAGGGAUGCGACAAACAAGGUGUCUGCAUUGACUUGCUCAAACUUCACUUAUGACGCCUCCAUGAUGCGAUUUACAGUGAUCACAGAUUAUGAUCUGGUGUGUGAUAGGAGGAUAUGGGCGAAUUGGCUGGUAGCCACAACAAUGAUUGCCGUCGCUGUGGGUCACUUCCUUGCCAUCUUUACAGACCAAUUCAGUCGACGGAGGGUUCUCAUCUUCUACAUGGCUAUGGAAAUUUUCUGGAGUUUGGUUACACCUUUUGCUCCUACUCUUGUGGGCGUUUUUAUUUGUCGAGGCAUGAGAAUGUUGUCAAUUCCACUCUCUUAUUACGCAGCUGGUCUGCUUUAUGAGAUACUUCCAGCAAGGAAACGAACUGCCUACGGAAAUUGCUACUGGAUUCCAUUCUGUGUGGGCUAUGUGUCAACAGCUGGACUGGCCUAUGCGACACGAGAAUGGAAGGUGUUUCGACUCUACGGUCUUCUGGGCCUUGUGGGAUACAUUCCUCUCUUCUUUUUACUACCUGAAUCGCCUCGAUGGCUCGUCCUUAAUGGCAGGUACGAGGAGUACCGUAAGACUCUGGCCACACUGGCUAAGUGGAAUCGGGUGAAAUUGUCGGAUGAAGUUUUAGACGAAGCAGUUGCUGCUGUGCGUUCAGUUAAUCUAACCAAUUCACAAAAGUCGGUGCAGAAGUCGGAGACCCUUGUGGACAUCUUUCGCUCAACCAAUGUGAGAUGCAUUCUUCUGGUGUUUUGUGCACAACUUUCAGCUGUCAGUACUGGCUACUAUGGUCUCUCAACCAAUGCUGAUUUUGCCUCUGACAACGUUUUUCUCAACGUUCUAUACAUGGGUAUCAGUGAGGCACCUUCCAGCUUUCUGGGGUGGUUGUUAUGUCACCUUUUUAAUCGACGUUGCAGCUUUAUAGUUGCUGCUGUUUUUGUUAUUCCCUCUCUUCUACUCGCACCAAUUUUACGACCCUUUUCUUCUCUUGCAAAUACAUUAAUAAUUAGCCUUGGAAAAUUGAUGGUGACCGUUGAAUACAACAUUUGCCUCCUCCAUAUGACCGAAUUCUUUCCAACAACAGUGAGAAAUAUGGGUUUAUUCUUUGUGAUGGCAUUUGGAUGCGCCAUUUCUGGCUUAUCAACAUUUAUAAACGACCUACAAUUCAUUUACUUAUAUCUGCCGGGUAUUGUCUACGCCACAUUGAAUAUUAUCGCCACACUUUUGACCUUUUUCUUCCUUCCAAACACCAAGGAUAGCCCACUUGCUCAAACCAUUGACCAGGCUGAAUCGCUGCGUCGAGGGGCCGAGAAACAGUGGAUUGCUUCUCGGAAUUAUAUUGAAAUUUAA